AGAAAUGUUAAACGUCACCUAAAUUCCCGCGCUUCUCCACUUCUCUACUUCUCUACUUCUCAGAUGGAGCAUCAUCCUCGUUAUCUUUCUCUGCAAAAGCUUUAAUUCUCACUCAAUAAUUAAAUACCUACACGCCCUUCUCUCUCUCUCACACACACACAUCAAUCGAAAUGCAGUUUCCAUGUCUCGACGCGUGUAAGAACUUCGCGAGUUCUCAAUCAUUUCUAGGGUUUCGUAAUCGUGACCACUCAUCCUUCUCGAGCUCUUUGGUUGUCUUCUCCGAUCGAAAUCCUUCUUGUGGCUUCUCCUGUAGUUUUAAUGGAGAAAAAGGAAAGGCUAAAGGAGGGGAGAAGCCGAGGAAAAACGGUGGUCGCGAAAGGAUGAACGUUAAAGAGAAAGAUAAUGUGUGGAGUGUCGACAACAAGCUUGCCAAGGCGGCAGAAAUGGCAGAGAAGGAUAAAUUGAGUCGGAGGAGGAGGAAAGGGAGGAGAGUUAAGAAUUUUGGGAAGAGGAAUACGAGUUCUAGGGUUAUGGUUUCUGAAGCUAUGUUAAUGGAGGUCGAAACCGUUUUGCAGACGCAGGAACCUGUUAUCAAACCGGCUUGGAAUACUUUUGUAAGUAGUGUAAGUGGAAUAUGGAAGGGAAUUGGAGCAGUAUUUUCUCCCAUUACUGCUGAGAUGGAGCCAGUUGAACUUGGAAACAAAAAUGAAUACCUCUAUGACUGCUACACUCUUUCCCACAUUGAACCCGUGCAGUCCACUUCAGGAGGGCAUCGUCCUCAAAUCAGAAGAAAAAUAAAUUGGGUGACUUUGAAUCCCCAUGGUGAAAUAAAGCAACAGGCAGGAGGCAGCAGCAGAAGGACAGAAGCUGGUAGAGAUAGAGAUGGCUCUUCUUCCAUGAAGGAAGCUGUUCACAUGAGUGGGUUUAAUCAUGAUUUGCCUGCAUUUGAAUCAAUUGACUUUGGGACGAGUGAUGUGAUGGAAGAAGAUUUCAUGGGUGUGGAGCCUGGUCUUGUUUUCUUUGAGGACGGAUCAUAUUCUAGAGGUCCGGUCCAUGUACCAGUUGGAGAAGCAGAUGACUCCACAUACUUCCUUUCUCCCACAUUCAAGUUUGAACAGGGCAAGCCUAUGGUGCAACCGUUAAGUUGUGCUAUUGCAACAUGUUGGCCACACGUUCUAAACUUGGAAACAGCCUCUCUUGCGAUGGAGGGGGUAAGGCCGUUUAAAGGAUGUCACAAAAGACUGCGUAUUGUGCACACCAUAGAAUUCAAAAAUGGGGGUUCAGAUAUUCAGAUUCUGAGAGUCGCUGUAUAUGAAGACCAGUGGAUCAGUCCUGCUGCUCUCGACUACCAAAGUGAUGAUCCGGAGUUAGAGCUGAAACCAUUUUCUCAGCGGAAACGAACCCAGCCAUCGGAUUUAACUGGACCUUGGAAGGUUUUUGAAGUUAGUGCAACUCCUAUCUUUGGGGAUGACACAGAGAUUGAAGAAGGCAAUGGUGUACCAUAUGUGUAUCUCUGCACAGAAACAUUGAAAAAGAGGAGCCUGCCCGAGAAUCCUGUCCACUUUGGGGAGGAAGAGAUGCUAGACAUGCAGGAUGUGACUGUACUCUGGUUGCCAGGUGGUGUUACUGGGUAUGUUGAUGUUAGCAAGGAUGGAAUUCUGUGCAUUGGAGUAGGGUGGUACUCAGAGGAAGGAAUCAAUCUUGUUAUGGAGAGGGAUUAUGGGAUGGAUGGGAUGCUCAAAGAGGUCCGAUGGAAAUCUGAGGUGAAGAGAAGGUGGUCAGACCCAUUACCUGUGUAAAAGUAGCCUUUUCCCUUUUUGCUUUCUCAUGUCUGGAAAUAUGGUGGCUGAUAAUGUUUGUAUGUUGAUCAAAUGGUAAAGGAAAACAUAAAAUAGAACCUAGAGUUAUCCUGAUAUUAAGAAUUGUAAAGCCAAUUUUUGCAGCUUUUGCACCAGUUCUGCAUUACUUGUACUGAUUUACUCGUAUCUAGUUUUGAAUAGUGCUCACAGUA